GUAAUCCUGUACAGGGCCGAGAUCUACCAGGGGCGAAUCAACAGCGAUAGUGCCGAUUUGAACCAAGGACCCAACGCUGUCAUUCGCAACAUUGAAGAGGUACUCGAAGGGCUGCCAAAGCGUCGACUCAUUAUCACGGAUAGGUUCUACUCCAGCGUGCUGCUGUUGUCCAUCCUCCUGCAGCGGGGCCUGUACCAUGUCGGCACGAUCCAGACCAAUCGACGAGGAUACUGCAAGACGAUCCCUUACAAACAAGAGAAGCGGCCAAAGUCCAUGGCGCGUGGGUCUUACCGAAUUGCGCGUUCGAAAGCAGAGCCCGGUAUGUUAGCCGUGUCUUGGAUGGACAACCUACCGGUGCACUUCAUCGCUACGGGCUGCGGCACACGACCGACGCGAUUGUCAAGG